CCUGCUCUCUUCCCCCAUCAUGCUCUCCGCCGGUGCUCUCAUAUGGGUGUCCCUCAGACCCCUCAUCCGACUGGUACUAGCCACGUCCUUCGGGUUCGCGAUAACGAAGGCGGAUAUCUUCCCUGCGGUUGCAGCGAGGGGAGCGGGUCAGAUUAUGCUUAACAUCGCUUUGCCAUGCCUGAUGUUCUCCAAAAUCGUCCCGGCUUUCACGACUCAGAAUAUCUCUGCCCUUGGUCCUCUUGUCCUGGUUGCAAUCAUUUACCAGGCCUUGGGUGUCGCCUUCGCCUGGGCCAUCAAACAGGUCUUCUGGGUCCCGCAUCGCUUCCGAUACGGCAUUCUCGUUGCGGGCGGCUUCGGUAACACUGGCGAUAUCCCGACGGCCGUCGUCAUGAGUAUAGCAGGCAACGCGCCUUUCAACGGCACAGAGGAUCAGAAUCUCGCAGUCGCAUACAUCGCUGCAUUCAUCCUCGUUUUCUUCGUGCUUCUCUUUCCCGCGGGAGGCCACCGAUUGAUAGCAUGGGACUACAUUGGACCAGACGUCGAGGACGAGGAAGUCCGGGAAGCCACUAGGAUCAAUCGCAGAAAUCUUUUCUUGGCCCCGCUCUCCUCCCUACGGAAGCGGGUUCGAUCGACGCCGGAGAAAACCCCUGAGCCAGCGACAGACGACGAUGUGGAGAAAGGCGUCCAACAGCCCCAGUCGACAUCGCAGAAACUGGCGUCAGGCGCGGCUCCAGAGUGCCCGCCCUUUCAUCGCUCUGCCACCAGCAAACACGUCUCGUUCUUCGACGACGAACCGGACGUCGAGGGCACCACCGUGUUCGCUCGUUCACCCGCCACGACGCUGCACGCAACAUCCCGUGUCACCUCCCCCGCACCCACGGUUACCCAUAUUGACGGAGACGACCAACCGGGCCCCAGCGGGAACUCCACUAAAUCGCCUCCAGUACCCGCCUUAUCGACUCCGGCCCCGCCUCCACCACCCCGACGCCGACACCCCCUCCUAAGGCACUCCCAAACCUUCCUCAAAUCCCUCCUCACGCCCUCCUCCAUCUCCAUCAUCCUCGCCUUCAUCAUCGCGCUCGUUAACCCGCUCAAAGCGCUCUUCGUCACCGUCGACGGCUGGACGGGCACGCGCAUCCCCAAUGCGCCCGACGGCCAGCCGCCGCUCGCCUUCGUCAUGGACACGGCCAGCUUCGUCGGCGCCGCCAGCGUGCCCCUCGGCCUCACCUGCCUCGGCUCUGCCCUGGCGCGACUGAAGAUCCCGAGUGGGGAGUGGAAAAACCUGCCGCUGGGGGCCAUCAGCAGCCUCGCCGUCGCGCGGAUGAUCCUCAUCCCCGUCAUUGGAGUGAUCAUGUGUCAAGGGUUGGCCACGGCCGGAGUCAUCGAUCCAAACGACAAGGUGUUGCGAUUCGUGUGCAUAUUCUUGGCCUGCUUGCCGACGGCGACAACUCAAGUGUUCCUCACGCAAGUCUACAGCGGAACCGGCGACGCCAGCGUCCUCUCAGCAUUCCUCAUACCGCAAUACGCGAUCAUGGUGGUAUCGAUGACCGCCCUAACGGCGUACACGAUCACCUUGAUCUUCUAAAACAUUGGUCCCGCCUGCACCAUUUUUGCAAACCAACGACUUAUCCACAGGUCACCACUAGAUGCGCCUGUUUACGUAUAGACACCGCCCUGACGAUAGACGGCCUCUUCACGAUUCCAUCAAUUCCUUUAUUUGACGUCUGACCUUGCUACGUUCCUACAUGAGAGCGUACGUUUACUUGCGUCUCCUUUCUAUACAAUGCCGAUGUUGCUGUUGUACACGCAAUGCGAGAGUUCCUGCC